AUGUUUAAAUCGUGAUGUGGGAAGAAGGUGAAGAAGCAUAAGCCAUAUAGCCAGACUAAGAAAGUAGAAGCAAUCCUGAAGGAUAUCAGUAAGGCUAAUAAGUCAAUUCAAUUGAUCACUCUACUUGAUCCUGAAAAGCAAAUUGUUGCAGGGUAUGUCCAGAGUCUCUCGACAGGAAUUAGUGAAGACAAGGUUUUUGAUGAAAUGAUGAAAAGAAUUCUCGGGUUUAAGGACUCCUGAGAUUCUAUGGCAAAACAAAUAGGGUUUGACUAUAGUGGUGAGAUCUAUCUAAAAGGCAAAAAUUCUAUUGUCCUCCUCUCACCAAUCGAAGAAUACACACUAGCUUUUUAUUUCGAAAUGAAUGAACUAAAAGUUGAGUUCUUUGACUGAGAACAUUUCAUCGCAACUCUUGAUGAUUUCAUAGUUAAUCUACAAAAGCUAAUGACUGGCGCAGCUUAA